UUCACAGAGUUUCGAACUAGCUUUUAAUGUCUGUUCUGUUUCGAUACAAGUCAUAAUGGAUGAAAGCAAACGUGAAAAGGAAACUAUUAGUAAAAGAAAGCUCAAAAAACUUUAUUCGAAAAUCAGAACUCAGAUGGAAUUUUACUUUUCUGAUUCUAAUUUAGUGAGAGAUAAAUUUCUUCAAGAACUUAUUAGCCAAGAUCCAAAUGGUUAUGUUGAAUUGGAUUUGUUUAGAAAUUUCAACAAGAUUAAAGCGCUAACAGAUGAUAUUACUCUCAUUACCUCAGCUGUGUCAAGAUCAGAUAUGUUACAACUUAGUGAAGACCAAAAGAAAAUUAAACGUGUAACUUCCAUAUCACCUUCAAAGGAUUUUGAUGCAUGCACAAUAUAUGUUGAGAGGUUACCAUCAUAUGCUGAUCAGAAAUGGGUGAAAGAUGUUUUUGAACACUUUGGACAUGUAGAUUACGUAAAUGUUCCUCAGUACAAAAUUUCUCACAAAAUCAAAGGCUUUGCUUUUGUGGAAUUUCAAGACUCUGAAAGUGUUCAGAGAGCCUGUGAUUUUUAUAAAGCUUGCAGUGGAAAAGAAAGUGCAAGUGAAGAUGAAUUGAAAGAUUUUAAAUCUGGUAAAAAGAAAUUGAAUGAGGAUUUCAUAGAUAAGAAACAGAAAAAGAAUGAAAAUAGAUGGGCUGCUCAUUCUGCGGAAAAGAAUGCAAUUGCAGAGACGGAUGUGCCUAACCAAAGUACUUCUAGUAACAAUAAUUCAUUCAAUAUAGAUGAGAGAAAAGAGAACAUGCAUUCAACACCCAUAACUCAUAAAAGAAAGCUCAAUGAAAGUGAAGAAAUUACAGCACCGAAAAAAUUUAAGCGAAAUGAAGAUAAAGGAAGUAAGAGUGAAGACUCUAUCAAGAAACAAUCAAGCAGCACAAGCAAUGAAAACAGUAUGGAAUUGUCUAUGGAGAAAAGUGAAAACAUCCAGGAAAAAAAUCGUGAUGGUUCUGAAAAUAUUACAGACAAUACCGAUGUCGCCAAAAAUAAAAGAAAGAGAAAGAAUUCUAAGAAAAGUAGGAAUGACAGGCCAAAUUUAAGAGUAAUGUCAAAAGCUGAGUGGAAGGCUUAUCGAAACAAAUAUCUUGACUUGCAAAGAUCAACCAUGUCAUACCUGAAAAAAACAGUUAUGCUUCAAACACAGGAAUUGAAAGAACAAGACACGAUGUCCAAAUCAAAUGAUACCUCAGCAGAAGGCCAGAAAAAAGGGCUACAUUUUCAGCCAGGAGUUAUACUUAAAAUUAAAUUAGGUGAACCUGUGAAAAAUUCAUCUGAUAUUAAGGAUCAGGUGAAAGCAAAUGCAAUAGUUGCUUAUGUCGAUGCUCCUAUUGAUGAACCUGAAAUUUUUGUUCGUUGUCAUAAUUCUGAAGAAGCUCAAGCCAUCCUUAGCGAAGGGAAACUCAACCAAUUGGGCAAUGUAGAAUUACUUGAAAAUUUAGAUGAAUCGAAAUACUGGGAAAAAAUUGAAAACGACAGAAAAGUUAAGCUAAGCAAUCCUGUGAUACGCAAGAAAAGAGGAAGAGAUAAGAUUAUUAACAAGGCAACAAAAUUAGAAGAGAUGAAAAACAAACACAUUUAUUUUGAUGAAUGAAUAUAGUUUUGUACAUAAAUACAUGUGAAUAAAUC